UAUAACAAGAGAAACAAAUAGGCAAACACACAACACAUACACAUACACAUACAUAGAGAUAGAAAGAGAUAUAUAUAUAGAGAGAGAGAGAGAGAUGGAAGUUGUUGAAGUGCUUCACAUGAAUGCAGGAAAUGGAGACGACAGUUAUGCCAACAAUUCCCAAUUCCAGGAAAAGGCCAUAGUUAUGGCAAAGAAAAUAACAGAAGAAGCCAUAACAGACGUGUAUAAAAGCCUUAGCCCAAAAACAGUACACAUCGCCGACUUGGGGUGUUCCUCCGGGCCAAACACGUUGAUGGAAGCCGGCGAGCUAGUGAAAGCGUUCGAGAAAGCGCGCAGAAAGAUGGGACACCAGUCGCCGGAAUAUGCUGUAUACUUGAAUGACCUUCCCGGAAAUGAUUUCAACUCCACUUUCCGGGCACUGCCGCAGCACCAAGAAGAUUUCAAGAAAGAAAUGGGCCAAGGGUUUGGACCGUGCUUCUUCGCCGGAGUUGCGGGUUCCUUCUACGGAAGGCUUUUUCCGGCCAACUCUCUGCAUUUUGUUCAUUCAUCUAUUAGUCUUCAUUGGCUGUCUCAGGUACCUAAAGGAUUAGAGGAGAACAAAGGCAACAUUCGUGUUGCAGCUUCAAGCCCACCUAGUGUGGUAAAGGCAUAUCAUGAGCAAUUUGAGUGCGAUUUUUCAACUUUUUUGAAAUGUCGCGCAAAAGAAUUAGUAACCGGUGGUCGAAUGGUAUUAUAUUUUCUUGGACGAAGGUGUGAAGACCACAUUUCUAGCUACAAUAAUGUUCUCAACACUUGGGAAUUUUUAGCCAAGGUCCUCAAUAAUCUUAGUGCAGAGGGAGUAAUAGAUGAGGAAAAGGUAAAUUCAUUCAACCUUCCUAUGUACAGAGCAUCUCCGAAUGAAGUGAAAAAGGUGGUUGAAAAGGAAGGGUCAUUCUGUAUUGAAUAUUUGGAGAAUUUCAUGUAUGAUCUUGAAAAUGAAAAACACAUUAUUAAGGACAUUGGGAACUUCGUUGUCAAUAGUUUCAGAGCUGUGUUUGAGCCCAUAGUUGCUGGCCACUUUGGUGAAGGAAUCGUUGAGGAGAUUUUCAAGAGGCAAAAGACCUUGAUUUUGGAGUCCAUUCAUGAUUUAGACAAGGUGGAAUUCUUUAAUGUUGUCUCCAUGACCAAAAAGUAAUUACAUAUUCAUUCAUUCUUACUGUUUUUUCCCGGUACUUACUACCCCAGCUAGCCCUACAGUAGUGAAAAGGGGAUGAAUAAACAAUGCCUUUUUUUUUUUUUUUUUUUUUUAAUUUAAACGAGUUUAAUGUAAUACAAUGGUGUUUUAAUUAUGUAUGAUAAUAUAAAAGUAAACAUGUUUGUUUCUU